GCUCGUUCGGCCAAGAUGGCACCGGUGGAGCACGUUGUGGCGGACGCUGGGGCUUUCUUGCGGGACGCGGCUCUGCAGGACAUCGGGAAGAACAUCUACACUAUCCGGGAUGUGAUCAGCGAGAUACGGGACAAGGCCACGCGCAGGCGGCUCGCGGUCCUCCCCUACGAGCUGCGUUUCAAAGAGCCGUUUCCGGAAUACGUGCGGCUGGUUACUGAGUUUUCAAAGAAAACUGGAGACUAUCCGAGCCUCUCUGCCACAGAUAUCCAAGUGCUGGCACUUACCUACCAGUUGGAAGCAGAGUUUGUUGGGGUGUCUCACCUAAAACAAGAACCAGAAAAGGUGAAAGUGAGUUCAUCAUUUCAGCACCCAGAAACUCCUCUACAUAUUUCUGGUUUCCAUCUGCCCUCAAAGCCUAAACCCCCACGAGAAACAGUAGAACAUGGACACCCAGCUGGUGAGCCUGAGGACCUAGAAUUCAGUUCCUUCAUGUUCUGGAGAAACCCUUUGCCUAAUAUUGACCAUGAACUGCAGGAGCUGCUGAAUCAUGGAGGUGAGGAUGUUGCAAGUGAGGAGGAGGAGGUGGAGAAGGAAGAGAAUGGAUUUGAAGAAAGCAAAGACCAAGACAGUGAUGACGAUGGGGGUGGGUGGAUAACCCCCAAGAACAUCCGGCAGAUCCAGCAGGAGAUGGAGCAGUGUGCCGUCCCGAAGGACGUGCGGGUCGGCUGUGUGACUACAGACUUUGCCAUGCAGAAUGUCCUGCUUCAGAUGGGGCUGCAUGUGCUGGCGGUGAACGGCAUGCUGAUCCGUGAGGCCCGGAGCUACGUCUUACGCUGUCACGGCUGUUUCAAGACAACGUCUGACGUGAACCGAGUGUUCUGUUCACAUUGUGGAAACAAGACCCUGAAGAAGGUGUCUGUGACCGUCAGUGAUGAUGGAACCCUGCAUAUGCACUUCUCCCGCAACCCUAAGGUCCUGAAUCCUCGGGGCCUUCGGUAUUCACUUCCUACUCCCAAAGGAGGCAAAUAUGCCAUCAACCCCCACCUGACUGAGGACCAGCGCUUCCCUCAGCUGCGGCUCUCCCGAAAGGCCAGGCAGAAAACUGAUGUGUUUGCCCCUGACUACGUAGCUGGGGUAUCUCCCUUUGCAGAGAACGACAUCUCCAGCCGGUCAUCCACCCUGCAGGUCCGGGACACCACCUUAGGAGCCGGGAGGAGACGGUUAAAUCCCAAUGCUUCCAGAAAGAAGUUUGUGAAGAAAAGGUGAAGUGCAAGCUCCAUGGGCCAACUGGAUUGCUGCUGCAGCUGCCAAGGAAUUCUGGUGUCUCAUUUCCCCUGCUGUGCCAGCGCCAGAACCAUCAGGAUGGAAGGAAUAGACCCGACUUGCGCCAUGCUGCUUCCCAUCUCACCGUGGUGUGUUGGGUUGGGUUUGUGGUGGAACUCGGCCGUCCCUUGGCCUGUGAGCAUCCAGAGAGUUGGGAUUCCUGCCCUGUGGAGGGGAAUUUGAUGAAAACAAAAAGAAUAGUGCCCUAGAGCAAAUCUUCAACCUUUAAAGACUUCCAAGUGAUAAUAUUUUUCUAUUAAAUGUGGUUGCAAGCUUCUGUGCAUUUUCAUUAAAUAGGCCAAAUUUUUGCUGCUUAGUUAGUUUACUACUUAAGGUGUACUCCCAAGGGUCAAGCAUUUAGAUUUGUCUUUUUGUGAGAAAAUACACUGUUUGUUGUAAUAAAACUAAGAACUACCGUU